AUGAUGGAUAUUCCGCUGCUUUACCCUCACGAAGUACUGCAUUACAUUCAUUCGGUUGUUGGCAUCAAAACUGACAAAGACCUCAUUCGCAAAUACUGGGAAUUUGCAGCCGAAAAAGGAAUGGAUUGGGCUACAAAGCAAACUGAUCUUGAAGCGAUUCCGAUUGGAUUGUACGCUGACGAGACCAAGUAUGGCCUCCAUGAGUCACAAGAAAAAGUUCUGGGCAUAUUUCUGAAUUUGGUUUUGUUCCGGCCUCGAAGCAUCCGAUUGAGCAGAUUUCUGAUUUGUGCAUUCCGUUCGACAAAGUUGAUGCUUCCAGGCAAUAGAACACUCUUGCCAAUCAUGGAGCGCAUUGUUUGGUCUUUGGGUUGGGCCAGCAGGGGCGUCUUCCCCGAUCAAGGAAUGCAUGGUGAGCCUUUGCCGCCGGCGGAAGCACGGGACGCAGGCAAAUUGAUAGGAGGCCGUUUUUUCGUGACAGAGCUACGUGGGGAUCUGGGAUGGCACAAGCUGGUCUGGGGGUUUCCCGAUGGGUGGAAAUCGACAAAGGUAUGUUUCUUUUGCAACGCCGUACAAACCGGUCGCAAUCAGCAUCUGCUAUUCACUCAUACGGGGGAACAAGCAGCCUGGAGGAACACUAUCUAUCGAGACGUGCUUACUUGGGUGGUUGAAAAGCUUCCUUUGGAGAACUUGUGUCCACUUCUACUUCUGCCAAAUUUCGGCCUGGACACCAUCCGCAUGUGCAGCAUGCACAACCUGAAUCUGGGGCUGGUCUUCAUUGCAAAUGGUUCAAGCCUGUGCCUGGGCUUCGAUUCAACGUUCCGGGUUCAAUUCCAUUAG